AAGAGGAUGUCACCUGUAAGAAUAUGUUCCCACUCCCUUGUGAUGCUGGCCUGGGCAGGGAGGAGGCUGGGGGUGUAAUUGGCGCAGGAACCAACGGACUAGGGUGGUGAUGCGCCUUGAUGACCUCAGAGAUAUGACCCACGAACCGUCCGUGAGCCGAUGGAGCACCCACCGGAGAGUGAGGUCUCCUCCAAUGUGGAACUGAACGAGGUGGAAGACGGAGAAGAAGAGGAAGGGGAAGAAGAGGAGGAGGAGGAGGAGGAGGAGGAAGAAGAAGAACAGGAGGAGGCUCUCCCCGUUGGGAACCUGGGCUUUUUGGAUGGCGGGACAGAGUGGGAGCUGUCGGAGCACGAGCUGGACCAAACCAUUCAGGCCCAGGUGCGCCAACUGCUGGAGGAGCUGGAAGAAGCCCGGGAGACGGCCCUCAAGCAUGAGGAUGAUGCCCUGGAGCUGCAAGGUUUGCUGGAAGACGAGCGACUGGCAAGCGCACAGCAGGCCGAGAUCUUCACCAAGCAGAUCCAGAGGCUUCAAGCUCAGAUGCGCUCUCUGAAGGACGAGUUCGAUUCCGUGAAAGAAGUGAAAGAUGUGGAGCUGGAGCGCCUCGAGCGCCAACUGCAGGAAGCCCACGAGGAGAUCCGUGGCUUGCACCUCGACGCCGAAGAAGCCGCGGCCGUGCACGAGAACGAGAUCGCCGGCCUGCAGGAAGAGCUUUGCCGGCUGAAAGCGGAGCUCGAGCGGGUACAGGUGGACCGCCAGGAGUACGACAUGGAGCUCACCGCUCUGCGGGCGGAGAUCGCGAUGAAGAAGGGACCAGGCACGGGGGACAGCCCACCGUCUCCGGAGAGGCCAGUUAUGCCACCCUCUGAGGAGCAGCUUCCCAGUGCUUCCGAUGAAGUGACCAGGCUCCAAGAGGCGCUCCAGACUCUCAGAGAUCAGUACGACGACCUCAUUGAGGAGUACCAGAUCUUGCAGGAGAGCAACAAGAUCAUGGUCCAUCAGCUGGAGAAACUUGAGGCCUUAAAGUACAAUGAGUCUCCCCCUGACAGAUCCAGAAGCAAGUCGAACGACUCGCCCUUCACGGACUCCGAGCUGGUGGGCAGCGCAGACCGCCGUUUCUCCAUUGGCCGGCGGAACACCCUCCGCUCGGGCGGCAGCAUCACCUUCAAGUCCGUGGAGGUGGUGGGCAUGGCGAGCGAGUACGACGAGGACGAGAGGAUGGAGAGGGUGGAGGAAGGGAGCGAACACGAACUGGAGCACCAGCUGAGGAUGGAGGAAGAGAAGGUGGAGAUGGUGCAGGCUCAGAGCGAACAAACCCAGGACAGCCUGGAUGAGGAGGAGAGCCAGCAGCCUCUCGGCCCCACCGCCGACGGGGGCGCUGGGCCGGAGGAGCGACAGGCGGCAGACUCUGCAAGAGGAAGGGAGAGAAAGGCCAGUGAGUGUGAUGAAGCCCGGCACCACCUGCGAGCACUGGAGAGCAAGUGCCAGCUCAGCCAGACCGAGUGGGAGCGGCUGCACGAGGAGCUGCGUCUGUGCAAGGAGGAGAUCGAGCGGCUCAACGGCACCAUCCCCAUUGGUGGACGGAUUCCAGCCGGCGGGAUGAAGCCCUUUGCCCUGUUCGCAGUGGUGGCGGGGGGCAUGAUCCUGUACCCCUGCCUGAAGAGGGGCACCAGCAGCUGGAUGAAGACUUGAGGGGAAGCCCCCUUCCUGCCUCCCCCACCCCCAGCAAAGAGGACCACACAGGCCACGUCCCCAUUCCCCACCAUCACCAUUCUGCACCUAUGAGAACCGAACACCCUCUCUUCUCUACCCGCCCGAUCGCGGACAUCUGUCCGGAGCCGAAAAGGCCACUGUCUACAGACCUGGCCCUCUUGAUCCUUGAGGAGAGCCAGUGGAUCCCAUUACAGUUGUAUCAGGUUAGACGCUGCCACCCUUCCCUUGUCUUCUUCCGCAGAACCGUUGCGGUUGUUUCCCCCUCCCUCCCUCCCGCCUGCCCUGCUGUUUGCACCGAGCCCGAUGCUGAGAAGGCACGGGGUCGGCUCCGAAUUUGGCGAGGGCAGCCUUUGAGUCUCGCCACCGGGCUUCCCACCUUGACCUGCCCACCGCCCCUCUCCAUCCUUGAGCCGAUCCCCUGUCCCGCUCUUCCACUAGCCCCAAUCCCCCACCCUAUCCCAAACUGGGAGAAUUGGGAGCGAGCGGCUGGCAGAGGGGGACAGAGGCUGGAAGGACCCUUCCCCAAACCAUGAGGAGCAGGCCUUCGUCGCCUCGGCCGGUCCUCUUUCCCCGGGUCCCCUCUUUGGAGCCCUUCCUUGCUGCCCCCCCGCCCCCCUGGAGCCGUCCGAAAAGAGCCAGCGUGAGCAAUAAAGGAUGCCCAGCAGAACAGCCCCCUUGGGUUCCCGACCCCUCCUUGCUGUCCAGGGAUCCUUUCCCUGCGGGAUCUCGGAGGCCGAGCCAAAGAACGAAGCCGGACAUCCGAGAGGAGAGCUAUUCUGCGGGGCCGCGACAGAGCAUGUUCUCCUUAUCAAUAUGAACACCUGUUUAACACUGUGAACGAGGGCAGGCCAGCGAAUCUGGGAGUUCCAGCGUGGCCUGCAUCGACCUGCGUCUGUGUCUUGUCUGCCCAGAGAUUUCUUCCAUAUCCCGGGGAGACGGCGGCCUGUUCCACCCCCUGGAAUCUAUGCAUCUCACCUUCAAGCCAUUGCUCCCCUUGCUCACCUUUUCCGCGGGGUGGGUGUGUCCCCUUUCUUUGCCUCCCCAUUCCAUUCUAGUCCAGGGAACGCAUUCAGCAUUUCUGUGUCGUCGUUGCUGUUUUGGGGCUGGCCCAACCAAGACAGGAAGGGGGGUGCGUGCGCAGCGGUGGGGGUCGGGUGGGGGUGGAGAGAAGUUUGAGGAAGAUCUGUUUGCCCCCCACACACCCACCCAGGGCCAUCCAGCGUCCUUUUCAGCAGGUCACCUCCCACCCACCCAGUACAGCCACCGGUGGGGAAGCCGUGGUGUUUGGCCAGUGGCCGAGCUCUCUGGGCAUGAGAUUGUUCUUGCUUGGCGCGAUUUGGGCGAUCUCCCGCGUCUGGGCGUGGCACCCCACUGGCACCCCAUCCCGUGUCUCGUUCCUUCACCUCGGCUCUCUCUCUCUUUUCCAUCUGGGGAAGGGUGAGGGUCGCCAGAAAGAAGCGGAAAAACUCCCCAGAGACACUCUGUGGAUCUUUCUCUUUGUUCUAUGUUGUAACUCAGUAAAAAGAAAGAAAGAAAUCUUUUUAAAUAA